AUGGACGACCCCUCCGGCAACCCACCGACCCCUCCCUACUCUGUCCCACCCUCCGCCGCCGCCACUUCCGCCGUACCACCGCCAAACCCUAGCGGCGGCGCCGACGGCGGCAACGCAACGGCUGCUGCGCGCGCACUCUUCGUCCCGCCGCGCGGGCACCGCACGCAGAGCGCUGCCACCGCGCAGAUGGCCGCGCAAGCCGCCGGCACCGCCCGGCCCGCGCCGAGGAGGGGAAAGGCGCCGUCGAGCAAACGGCCGCACAUCGGUCUCGCCUCCGUCGCGCCGCCGAAGAAAGCGAAGGGAAUUAAUGAAGAGAAGUGGAAGACGCGCGGCAAGUUGGAUGCGGCAACUAUGGCGGCCAAUGCUACCGGUGAUGCAACAAUCAUCGAUGAUGAUGAUUCAAGUGAUGAAGGGAAGAAGAGAAGCUCCACUCCUCACUCCGUCAACAAUGGGCGGAGGAAUGUGCAUGGUAGGAAGACCGCCAAGGACAUGAAGGGAAAGAAGGCCGGAGAUGAUGACAUUGUCAUGGCUAUGGAAAGGAUUGCAAAUGCAAGGUUGCAAGCAAAUGAAGAUAGAAAGAUGCAACCAAACUUGGAGAAAGAGGCUAUGGAUGCUAUUGAAGCUAGGAGAGCCGCUUUGGAGGAGAGGAUUGCCGCCAACGAGGAGAAGAAGUUGGCUUUGGAGGAGAAGAGGCAAGCCUCCGAGGAGCAUGCACGCCUAGCGGAGGAGGAGAGGAAGCUUUUCUUGAUGGAUACUUCCCAUAUGGAUGAGAGGUAA